GGAGCCGAGCUGCAGAAGGAGCCAGCACUGAAGGAGAAAUGUUUUAACCGCUGUAAACCGAGUAUGUCUCUUAGGGAUCCGCCAUACGAACCUCCGUCUGUCUCUGAGCUACAGGAGUUCUUACUGGCAGACAGGCGACCAACUGGUCAUGUCAAUCAAGUCUGGCCUAAUGUUUACAUAGGCAACGAGGUGGCUGCUCGCGACAAAGGAGCUCUCCAUAGUCUGGGCAUUACACACAUUGUCAAUGCUGCUCAUGGUCCUCCAAGUCCCAGCGACAGUCCCUGCUUUUAUGUCAACACUGGCCAACGUUUCUACAGAGAUAUGACGGUGGAUUAUUAUGGGGUGGAGGCUGAUGAUGCAACAGAUUUCAUUCUCAGUCCUUAUUUCUAUCCAACAGCGCGAUACAUCAGAGCUGCUCUGGCCAUGGGAGGAAAGGUUUUCGUACACUGCCUGAUGGGAGUGAGCCGCUCUGCCACCCUAGUGUUGGCCUUCCUGAUGAUUGUUGAGGAUCUGCGGCUGCAGGAGGCGGUGGCUGCAGUAAGGCAGCACAGAGACAUCUGUCCCAACGCUGGCUUCCUGAUGCAGCUUCGGUGCCUCGACAUGAGCCUAGAGAGGGAGAGGAGAAGCAAAAGACAGACCCAAGCACUAGGUUAUUCAGCCAAGCAGGGGGAAACACCAUCUCUGACUGAGCUGAGGGAAAUUCUCUGGACCAACAGGAAGUCUGUCGGGUCUAUCAAUGAAGUGUGGCCAAAACUCUACGUUGGGGAUGAGUCUGUAGCUCGAGAUAAAGCCAGACUAUCAUCUCUGGGUGUGACCCACGUCCUGAAUGCUGCAGCAGGUCAACACCGCAUCAACACCGGUCAGGCGUUUUACACCGACAUUCAAGUGGUGUACCAUGGUGUUGAAGCUCCAGACCAUCCAGAGUUCAAUCUCCGGCCUUUUUUCAACUCUGCAGCACAGUUCAUAGACAGCGCUCUGAAGGAAAAUGUGUCUUUCAGGGAAAGUUCUUGUUCACUGCGCUAUGGGUGUGAGCCGCUCUGGCACCUUGGUUCUGGCCUACCUGAUGAUCCAUCAGGGCCUGACAUUAAUGGAGGCCAUCCUCUCUGUAAGACUGUGCCGAGACAUUGGACCCAACUCUGGAUUUCUGGAGCAGCUGAGGCAGCUGGAGCUGAACCUACGUAGAGAGAGGACACAGAUCGCUGAGGACAGUAGUAAAACA